AUGGUCUCCCUUACCGAAGUAAUUCAAAAAAUCCGCGAAAUCUUUGAGCAGGACAAUAUUGAUAUUGACGUCGUUAUGAAGCUUUUGGAAAGCUAUAAAAGUAAUCCUGCGGAAUGGAGAAAAUAUGCAAUCUUUGAUGAACAUAAGUAUACAAGAAAUCUCGUAGACACCGGAAAUGACAAAUAUAACUUGAUGAUUCUGUGUUGGGGUCCAGGCAUGGCCAGCAGCAUUCACGAUCACACCGAUGCGCAUUGUUUCGUCAAAAUGCUUGAAGGGACAUUGACAGAAACGAAAUACGCAUGGCCUGAAGAAGAAGGCCAACAUAUGCGAACCAUCGAGGAAAACGACUACGAAACGAAUGGUGUUUCGUAUAUGAGCGAUAAGUUGGGACUUCACCGAAUGGAAAACAAAAGUCAUUCUGAUGGUGCCGUUUCACUUCAUCUUUACAUUCCGCCAUAUUUUGAGUGCAAUUCUUUUGAUGAACGAACUGGACAUCGAAUGAAAUGCAAGGUGACAUUCUUCUCAAGAUAUGGUGAAAAGGUCGAUUAUCGCGGAUCAGUGAUGGGAAUGACAGAAUCGGAAAAAGACACCGCCAACCGAACAGAAAUAUGCCAAAAAUAA